AUGGACGAGGAAGACCUUUAUGAGAUACUAGAGGUGGACUCUACCGCCAGCAGUGCGGAAAUCAAAAAGGCAUAUAGAAGGCUAGCCUUAAAGUACCACCCGGAUAAGGUUUCAGAGGAAGAGCGUGAGGCAUCUGAGAUCCUAUUCAAAAAAGUGUCGUUUGCAUAUGAGGUGCUCAUAGACGAGGACAAGCGAAGUUACUAUGACCAUUACGGGACCACAACUACAGAUAAUAAUUACGGUGGGGCGAGCUACGCGUCAAACCCGUUUGAGCAGUUUUAUGGCGGCGGAUUCAAUCAAUACGAAGGUAACGACUUUCACGAGUUCUUUUUCAAUGGUGGCACUGGUGGUCCCCAGAAAAAGUCUAGGACAGAGGAUGCACAUAUUCACGUGGAGGUCACGUUGGAAGAACUAUACAUAGGGAAAGUGGUUAGAACAACAUUGACAAGGAAUAUCAUAUGUACACAGUGCAAAGGAAGUGGGCUCAGGUCUGCUAGCGCUAUGAGCAAAGCAUGUGCAGUAUGCAAAGGAGAAGGACACACGCGUAAAAUCAAGAGGGUGGCUCCAGGGUUGGUGACCCAGGAGUAUGUGGACUGUGCUAAUUGCAAGGGCUCAGGCAAGAUUUAUAGGACCAAGGACAAAUGCAAGGUAUGUUUGGGUGCCAGGGUAACUGAGGAGACCAAGAUCCUUGAGUUUGAGAUUGCUAGAGGCGCGCCGAGCAGAGGCGUGGUUACAAAACACGGCGAGAGCGACGAGUACCCGGGAAAACAAACGGGUGAUAUCAUUUUGGAGUAUACAUGUAAAGAGCACAGUGUGUUUGAAAGAAAAGGCGAUGAUCUAUAUAUCCUGUUUUCUCUACUGCUAGCGGACGCGCUUGCAGGGUUCACAAAACAAGUGGCUUUACAUCUAGAUGGAAGAGUGGUUCAGAUUAGUACACCCCCUGGUAAGGUGAUUAGACCUGGUGAUUAUAUCAAGAUCAUUGGUGAAGGUAUGCCCAAACUGAAUAAAUCGUGGCUGCUUUUCCCAAAUGCCUCAGGAGACUUGUACUUGAAACCGGAUAUCGAGUUCCCCAAAGAUAAUUGGUUUUUGGAAAAGGACGACUUGGUGAAGCUACGGAAUAUUCUUCCGGGGGGUAAGGCACAAGAGUCUAGCGCUAAUGGCGGUGCCAAUACCCUGUUGUUUACUGAUUUCGCAGUAAUCAAGGAUGUGGAUUUACCUGUAUAUAAUGAGGGGGAAGGGAGACAAAAAGGAGAACAUGGAGGAAGAAACAGCCAUUCUCCGCAAUGUAAUCAGCAGUAA